UCCCCUGCUCCGGCGAUGGCCGCCGGUCUGCUCCUCGGCGACGCCACCGCGGCCCCGCGGGCCCACCUCGCCGUUUGCCGCCCGCGCCUCCACCUCUGCAGCUGGGCCCCCAGGCCCCUGCGCCCGCGCCGCCUCUCCCGCGGCCACGCGCCGGCGGCCAGGUUCGCGGCCUCCGCCUCGGGCGGCGGAGGCGGGGAGUACAAGUCGGAGGAGGAGGAGCGGAGGGAGAGGGAGGCGGAGAUGAGGCGGCGGCUGAAGGAGGCGGAGGAGAUGGACGAGCUGGAGCGCACCGCGGAGGAGCUGCAGAGCCGGGCCUCCGCGGACGACGAGUCCGAGGAGGAGAAGCGCGAGCGCGUCCGCCGAGAGCUCGAGAAGGUGGCGAAGGAGCAGGCCGAAAGGAGGGCGACUGCGAAGCAGAUGUUCGACAUGGGGCAGAGGGCGUACGGGAAGGGGAUGUAUGGCCGCUCCAUCGAGUUCUUGGAGGCCGCACUCACCAUCAUACGCCCCUCAUCGCUCCUCGGUGGUGAGAUUCAAAUUUGGCUUGCAAUGGCAUAUGAUGCCAAUAGGCGACACAAGGAUUGCAUAGCACUGUACAAACAAUUGGAGCGCACACAUCCUGUGAUUAGCAUCAGGAGGCAGGCGGCUGAUUUCCGGUACAUUGCGGAGGCACCCAAGUUGAAGAUCUCCAACGACGAGGUGGUCACGAUACCACAAAUUGGAUCCAGCUGGGACUGGUAUGCCGGAACAUGGAGUGACAAAAUCGAGGAGCAAGAGGAGAAGAAAAGAAAGAUUGUGGCCGCCAGCAGCCAACCUGAAUCUUCAGCAAACAUCUUUGGCAAUCUGUUUCUCCUGCGACCGCCAAUGGAAUGGAAAAGGAGCGACUGGGCGAUCGUCACCCUAUGGAUCGUUUUGAUUGGUACAGCGUUCUAUCUGCAGAGAUGAACAGCUCCUGGCAACUCUUUAGGGGACAGUUGAUCUUCAAUGGCUGCGCACAAGAACACGGAGACGUCGCUUAUGUGAAUGAACAUGGCAUGUAAGGCUGUUCAGAGACAGCACCGACACUAGUGAAUUACAUUUAUUGUUUUAGUUGUGCUAUCCAGGAAAGCUAUACAUAUUGUCCUGUGUAUUGGCAUAACCCAGAUGAUAUACUUUUUCCUGCUGAAUGUAAAUACCAAGUAGAAAUGUAACAAAAUGCUUACUGUUUCUGCAAUAUUGCCUAGCAAUGUAUUUUUUU